AUGAGUUCGUUCGUGAAAGCGGGGUCGUACGACCCGACGCUCGUGGACGUGGAGCUGACGGCGGAGGAGGCGAAGACGCGGGCCAACCGCCGGGACGCGUUUCGGGAGCACCUGCGCGCGACGCUCGCGGAGAAGGAGCUCGUGGGGGCGUUCGCGAAGAUGUAUAGGAUGAAUGAGAAACCGAAGGAUCCGUUACAGUGGUUGCUGGAUUACUUUGAACGCGAUCAGAGGGAGCAUAUACGACGCGCGGAGGAGACGGCGGAGACGUAUCGCUCAGAGUUGCUGAGAGCGGAACAAGAGCGGGAUUCGUUGAUCGCGAAGAUGGAAGUGAUGCGGCAAAAGGUGAGCAAUUUGGAGCGCACGGUGCAGGAGCUUCGCGACGGAGGGCGCAAGCACGUCGUGGGAGUGUACGGUGGGGAGGAGAUGCCCACGGGGGCCGACGCACCCGCGCCCGCCGAAAAGGAGAACGACAAAAAGGAGAAGAAGGAGAAGAAAGAGAAGAAGGAGAAGAAGGAGAAGAAAGAGAAGAAAGAGAAGAAGGAAAAGGAGAGCGCGGCGAGGCCUCCAUCCGAUGAUGAGUUUUUCGGCAACUCGAAGGAAACCUUCGGGUCGAUGAAAAUGAAGACGACUCCCGAUAUGUUCGACGACAGCGACAGCUCAAGCCUACCGAAACAACAAUCUCUUCGCGAUCAAGUGUAA